GGAAGGUGAAGCGCAGCGCCCCGGAGUGUUUUUUUGUAUCACUUCAACCGCCAUUGUUUUGUUUUCUUUAACGGUGAUGGGAUUCCUCCAGGAGCGACCCGCCGCCUAACCCCCAGCCCGAGUGCGAGAUAUUCUUCCCAAAGAUGACAAAGACCAGGAUGGAUACUGAAGCUGUAAUGUUUUGCAACUGAGAGCUCACUAACUUCUGGAACAUAAACUUUGCAUAGUUUGAGGAUUUAUUACAAGGCUUUGGUUAUUGUGCUCCAGGAAACGUAAUGGAGACAGAAGAGAAGGAAGACGUUUCACAAAAACGCACAGCUAGUAUAAAGGCUGAGGCAGAGGAAGACGCGACCUCUGGACACACAUGUGGGGUGUGUGGUCGCAGCUUUCCACUUCUCAGCUCUCUGUCCCAGCACAUGAGAAGACACACAAGAGAGAAGCCCUACAAGUGUCCAUACUGUGAGCACAGGACGGCUCAGAAGGGCAGUUUGAAAGCCCACAUCCGAAGCCAUAAACUGGGCCUGUUGGGCCACAAUCCCAGUGACAAGGAGGGGGACGUAAACAAGGAGGAGAAAGAUAACACUGAGUCUCCUGAUCCUCCUGAAAUCGUCCCCAAAUCGGACAAAGCUCACAAUGUCAACGGGAAGGUGAAAAAGAAAGAAACCAAGAAAAAAGUGAAGAAAAAAGAGAGCGUCCAGGCUGAUGAUGACGAGCCUUUUACCUGCGCCAUUUGUGGCCAGGUUUUCCCUCAGGUACUGCUCCUCAAAUCCCACAUGAAAAGACACCGCAACGGCCAGGAUCAUGGUUGUCGGAUAUGUGGACGUCGCUUUCGCCAAGCCUGGUUCCUCCAAAGUCACAUGCGCAUUCAUCGGGUCAAAGACCAGCUGCAGGGCGGCAAAAGCAACGAGCCGCCUGCUACAAUCAAUGGAGUUCCCCAGGACCCAGCAUCCCUGAUACAUGAAGAUUGCCUCUAUGAGCUCUGCGCUGGCUGCGGUAAUUUCUUUUUUGACCUCAAGACGUUGCGAACACACGAGAAGCUACAUAAACUGAAUCACAGUCAAACACAAAAUCCACCACACGAAGACGCUGAAGCCUCUGAGCUGCAGAAUUCUAAGAGCCAUUUUUUGGAAAGUUUGAACCUCAUACAUGUCGGGGAGAGAAUUACAUCUGAGGCAGAAACCGUGGGCACGAGAAUUGCAGAGCUGGAUCCAGUUUGUAGUUACCAGGCGUGGCAGCUGGCCACAAAGGGACGACUAGUAGAGGCCACGGAGAAAUGUCUGGGAUGGGAGGAAAGACUUGCCGAUGCUGAGGUGGCAUACGACAUGGACAAGGGCGAGUAUGUUCCCCUGAAGCAGGAGAAGAAGAGGAAGCAGAUCGACUCCUCUGGCUCCAACGCUAAGAAGAGGAAGGGGGACACAGGCCUCGAUCACACGGCAAACAGCCUGGCUCAUGCUAAAGGAGGUGACAAGAGGAUAUCCCAGAAGGAUCGGAUACUGUUGAAUGGACUUGGUCAUGCAUUCUAUGAAGCGCUGCAUAAUAAGAAGGUCAAAGAUGUUCAUUACUCACCUAAACAGACCAAGAGCAUCAGUAGCCUGGACCUGGAGGAUAAAAAGCCCUACUUCUGCGAGCACUGUGAUUUCCACACUGUUGACGCCUCACUACUCAGGUCGCACCUGCACAAGCACAACCAGGACGUCCUGGGGUCCAAGAGCAAACACGGCACCACUUCGGACAACCUGAGCCAGAGUGGUUCCAAAACCUCAAGAUACAUGGACUACCUCAGAAACAGGAGUGUACUACUCAGUCAGCCAUACUGGAAUCCUUACCCAUGUUUGCCCAGCCAGAGCUUAAUAGAGUCAAAUGUUAAAACGGAGAAGUCCAGUGUUACAGAGGUCAAAGGGCAAAGACUUACGACUGAUGAUGCUGGCGGUCUUCUCAAUCUGUCUGCAUUGCCUGUAAGUGAAGAAGACGACACUGUUAAUUACCCGCUAAAAACAGAGGGCCUGGUGAGACAUCAGUGCCCGUACUGCUCCCACACGACCGGCUACCCAGAAGUUCUGUGGAUCCAUCAGCGGGUGAACCACAGGGUGGAUGGCGGCAGCUCCAUGGCGCCCAAGUGGGCACCGUGCGUUAACAAUGUCAAGAGUCCAAAGGCUGGUGUCUCCCAGUGGAGACGCACUGGGCCUCCUCCGUUCCUCGAAGGCAAGGACUGUCCAACUUUACCAGCCCCCAGAACUCAGCGCACGCAGCCCCCAGGCCCCCCAACCCCCAGCAAGAAGCACACAGCAAGCACCAAUGCUCAGUCCAAAACCCAGUCAGGUGUCCCCAAGUCCAAGCAACAGUCAAAGGAGUCGCGCUCUGUAGAAGGGACACAUUCUAGUGCGAGGGCGGGACUCAAACCUCCGAAAAAGUCUGGUGGACAUAACCGGGCAGCAGAGGGGGGAAGUAAAGGCUCCAGCGUACAAGCUACUUCAUCGAGCAGUGUAGUGCACAACAAGAGCGUCUCUAGUUUCCAGCCAACCAGCAGCCCCAAGCACAGAGGCCACAGGGCUGCAGUGGAGGGGAACUUCCCUCAAGAGGGUUUGGGUUUUAUGCUGGCCAGGAGCCACGGUGGGACUUCUAACAUGGCUGCAGACAGACUCAAUCCCCGCAGGCAGUCAUGUGACUCCUCCUCAGGGCUCAAGGGUCCUGAUCUGUGGGCUGCCAUGAACAUGUGGGGGCUACACGGAAGCAAAGGUUAUUUAGAUCCACUCCAUUUUGCUCAGGGAAAGAGUGAGUCGACAGUAGAAAUGCCAAUGGACGUUGAUGUUCUGAGUGUCCUGAAGAACUACAAUCCUCACGACCUGGCUGCUAUCUAUCAGCACUGGGGGUUCAUCGACCCCCGGAUCGAUCCACAAGCAAUGUUGACGUUAAACGGAAAUUUUGGAAACGAAGUCCAUUCCCUUCCUGAAGCUUCCAAACAAGCAAACAGCCGCUCCACUUCAUCCUCAGGGUCUCUUCAUAAAGGAACGUGAAGACACAUGGUGUUCCUGUCGGCUUCCAGCGAGCACAACAAUAACUGCUGAACAAAGACGCCUGUUGUUCUUUCCAGGAACCAGCCAUAACUCCUAAAGGACAGGGGGAAAGGUUAAUCCACAUUAUACUGUAUGCAAAGCAAUGAGGUGGACUCACCUUUCUUUUGUGAUAAUAUAUGGUUGUUUUAUUUGAAGUGUUGGAAUUCAUUAAUAUUUUUUUUAAGAAUGUUGAUAUAUUAAUUACUGCAACACACAUGGAUGAACGUUCCCAGGAAAGGAGGCAGAACCAUUUGAGCUUAUUGUAAAUAUGAUGGAUCCACUGUGUUGGAACAGCAGCACAUGUGGACGUGAACAGAGACACAAGGACAUCUGCUGGUUUGGGACAAGAACAACUUUAACUGGAGAAGGGCCCAGAGACAAAAAAUCUGGAAUACCAAAUCUUACAAAUAACGAUUUAAUUAAAACUUACAGAAUUAUUAGUAGGAUACCCAAGAUGUUUAAUUUCACUUUGACCUUUUUUAUGUAUGUUUACAUUUUCAGUUGAAUGUUCUUUAUGGCGCUUAUAAGCUUAUGUUUUGGCUCUGGAGGAUUCUUAUUACAACAGGGCAAUCAAAUGAUAAAGAGAAAUCUGUCCAUAUUUACAGAUUAUUCAAACUUGACCUGAGCCUGGAACUGUCAGUGAUUAAUGGCCAAUUUUUGUUAUCUCUGCUGUGUAUCAUGACAGUGAAUACCGAGGGGUUCCCAGUCAGUUAUUUCCCUCUUCAGUUACAGUGAAGCAGCAGAGGAUCUCUUCCACAGUCACUAACAAAGCACAUCACCAUCCUCCCUCUGCCAGCACCAGCUUAAUUAGAGCUAAACUAAGCUGUGGCACUAUUAAGUUCUCCAUCCCACACAGGUUUAUAAAGAACAGGAUGCACUGGUUGUGUCAUCUUCACUUAAAACUCAACGAUUUGAUCAAAUGGUUCUGCAGCACAAAAUCUGAUGCGGUGAACUGGUUCAACUCAAAAACCCGGAACAUGUAUUCCCCUUAUUUUGGCCACAUCUGUAUGAUACAUAUUUUUCAUUGUCACUCAAAUGAAAUAUGUUAUAACACAAACAUCGUUAAACAUAAUAUGCACCACAUCCAAAAUGUUGAUGGGUAUCAUCAAUGUACCAGGCACAAGGUUCACACUCUUUAUUUUACAGCUUCAAACGAAACCUCAGACUGUAAACUGGCAUCAACUUGGUUAGAAUUCAAUCCUAUUUUGAUCGAACAGCAGAAUGGCACCAUGGCCUUCACCAUCAAAUAUCAUUUUAUCUAUUUCCAAACCAUGACUGUCCAGAAUAGAUGAUUAAUUACUCUGAGAAAACAGGAUGAUAUAAAUUCACGAGUUUGUUCAAACAGGUUUGUGGUGAAAGAUGCUUGAAUUUGUCCUUUGUGUCGCAGAUCAGGAAAAUGGUGUAAACAUCUUUUCACAUUGUUCUUGUUAUGUAGCAAUUUAAUGCUGUAAUUUCUUUUUAGAAUUAGAACAUGUAGCAAGACUUUCUACUGAUGUGGUCCCGACCAACAUCUGCCUGAAAAAGAAAACUACGGUUUAAAAAAAAAACUGUAGAAAUAUUUGUUUUUGACUUUUUGGAAUUCACCUCAUUCUCACUUUGUUUUCCUGUCUUCUCUGUUUGCAGAUUUGUUUAGUAUGUUUAUAUUUUAGUUCCACCGAUUCAGUGUAUUCAUCUCCCAUAGAGAAAUAGUCUAUGCAUUUGACCGAAAGCCAUCGAGUUAUGGAUUCUCGGGAGAUCUUGAGAAUACAUAAAUUAUUGCAGGAGUAUUAACUCUAUGACUUGUGUGGAAAAAUUGUUGUUUUGAUAAAUAUUGUAAAUGAUAGUUUUAUUUAAUGGUAUUUUUGUUUGAUAAGAGUGGUAUUAAACACUCCUCAGUACUUGAUAUUUGUAGCAACAGCAGAAAAUGUAAAAAAAAAAUUCAGUUUUUGUUUUUUCCAGUGACACUUGAGGUGUGCAGGGUCCGCAGGAAGUGAAGAACCUGCCGCGGGUAUUAUUAUUAUUAUUAUUAUUGUUUUAAUUAUUUUCAUCAGUAGUCUGAGGAGGCUGCUGCAGACAGUUUGGCAGGAAACCAUGAGACAGUGACGUUUUACUGUAAGUGAGCCUGAACUUAAAUGUGAAACUAAAGGUUGAGCUCUUACUGGGUUAAUUGUUGUGACUGUGUCGGUAUCAGAAUUUCUAUUUUCACCACUUCUACGUCUGUCUGUAAAAUUAUUCAAAUA